AUGCAUUUGGAGGACCUUGUGACAGAGCUCUUGGCUCGUAUCUUGCAAGUUCUGGAUCAUCCUCGCGACCUCCUCUCACUCGUCAGAGCAUCUCCCCAUUGUUUUCGAGUCUACGCCCAAUCGCCUGUACUCAUCCUCUCGCCCGUCCUCAAGAAUGCCAUUCCACCCGACGUGCUCUACCAUGCCCUUGCUUGCGGGCUCGUUCCAUCUACUCCUUCACAAACUGUUCGAGAGGCUUUCCUCAGGGACUAUCUUCAGUCUAAACCACUCACGUUUCCUACGGACCAGAUUACAAUCACUGCCCUCUUUGGGCUUUGUUUACGGACGUGUUACCUCGUCAACGAUUAUUCUACUCGAGCAAUGCGUGCCUUGAAUCUUGAGCCUGAUGCCGGGAAAGCCACGGCGUCGGCCUUGUCGUCAACAGAACGCGCAAGAUUUCAGAGAGCAUUCUUUCGGUAUGAACUCUAUUGUAGAGUUUUUCCUGUUGACCACCAUGCUCAAUGCAGUUCACUUGUCCCGGCCCAUGAGCAGUUUACUCAGUUCCUUGCUCGGAUGGCACCGUGGGAGGCGGAGGAAAUGACCUGCGUCCACCACUACUUCACGGUUCUUAUUGGGGGAUUUAUUGACGACCUUGAAGAUCAGCUCGUGGAAACCGUUCUCACUGCUCCCGGUGUCUGUCACCCUCCUGUUUUGGCUCACUCUCCAUCCCCGAAGCCUGCCAAACGCAGAAAAAUCCGCACCACAACUGUCAAUGGCCUAAUAAUUGAUUUGCACGCCCCGUCUUGGGAGCCGAUCCAAAAGGACAUUGAUGACAGGCAGAGCCCUGCUGACAAUACCGACACGGUACCUUUUGACAAUCUCGACCUACACGACCUUGACAUAUUCACCAAGGACGGCAGGUUCCGGUCACCAAAAUUCGUCAGUUACGUAGCAUCUUUGGGUUUGUCGUUUAUGUACCGACUUGUUCUUGCCGAUAAAGAUCAACGCAGACGCAUAAUCCAAGAGAACACGCCCGUGUGGCGAGAUUUUCUCCCAGAGGCGUUGGAUCACGCCCCCGGCGAUCGUCCCAAGACCACCAUGCCCGACGGCAUCGACAAUAACCAUCUCUCGCACCCCAACUUGGGCUAUUUUCGGUUCAAGCGCUCGAAAGAAGAAGUCCACUUCAGAAUCCUUCACGACAGCAUCCUCAACUGCCCUCUCCGAGAAAGGGCAUAUGUUUUCUGGGACACCGAUAGGAUUCUCUGUCCCGUUGUCAGCGACCAACUGCAAAAGGCGCGAUAUAUGGAUCCGGAAAUGGUGGAUCUGCAAUUCGACCGAUACGAGGUCGAAAGCGCCGAGGAACGGCUGAAGGGCGUCCAGAUACCCUGGGCACAGAUGGAGAGGAUAAUUGAAGAGUUCGGUUCUGUCUUUGAUCCACUGAUGUAUUACUAG